AUGCAUGCAUUACAGCAUCAUCCACCUCUGUGUCUCCAACUUGCUGAUACUUUGAAGGAUGCAGAGAUGACCUCUCACUUUUUGGUUGCUGAAUCUAUUCUUUAUAUUAUUGUCUGGCAGAAGAAGCAGCUCUCAGUGCAGACGAGGCAUUGGGUUGUGUCGAUAGUCCUAAACGGGAUGCUGCAUUGCUGUGGCAAGGCAGUGCAAACCGCACUUCAGUUGUUCUUUUCCUUGGUGGACAGUGAGCACCGUGUACUUCUACUCUUCUUGACUGUCCUCGCAGCUUCCUUUUCAUUUGCCGUGUUUAUGGUGGCUGCAGUCCGCAGUCUCCCCAUUGGAAGUGUGCUCACUCCGUUGUUUUUAACUCUUACUUGUUUGUUUGCUAUCUUACUGGGAGGUGCUAGAAGCGUAGUGACUACGGGGACAAUGACGAUGUAUUGGCUCACUGUGACUGCAGAUUGUGCCCAUUGUUUCAUUAUUUUUGCUCUUUUGCCUCACUGCCAUUUUGCCUUUCUCAAUUUACUUUGUCUACACACUCGGAAGGAAAGAGAUUAA